GGCACCGGUGGUUCUGAGAUCCAGGGCCAAGAUGGCGUUCCUCAGUGGGAUGGAAAUCCGACUGGAUUUCAGGAGUACUACGAGAUGUGCCAGUUGUGGGAGGCCACGACGCCGUGGCACAAGCGCUAUAUGAAUGGGCCGCGAUUGGCCACGGAACUGCAAGGGGCAGCAAAGAGGUUGAUUCUUGGGAAGUCCCCUGAGUGGCUGGCACAUCCAGCCGGGACUCAGACCUUACUAGAACACCUGCGUGCCUGCCUCGGGCGACCACAACUGAGUGAGCUCUCAGAUUAUCUGCAGAAGUAUUUUCGCCAGAGCAAACGACGUCCUGGCGAAAGCAUUGGCGACUACGAGAAGCCGGAGCCGCGACUCCUGCAGCAGUGGAAAGGAACACCAUCCUGGAACACCGGCAGAAGGAACAGCUGGGACUCCGAGGCCUCGUCCCAGGCAGCAGCUCCCGUCAGCGAGACGGAGGAAUCCGCAGCCACGCCUCAGGAAGGAGGCGAGCAGACACAACGAGAGUGGACAUGGAGGUCCUCUCAGGACGAGCGCUACCAAGGGUGGCAGACUGGUUGGGGCUGGUCUGGCUCCCAUAGUUGGUGGACGCCGUCUACGUGGCAUUUUGCCGCGUCCCAAGGCGAGAAUGAGACCCUCGAGGAGCUUUUGCCAGAUUAUAUCCAAGGUUGGUUGUUGCUUCAGGAUUCAGGACUGGAUGCUGAGCAGCGCAACCUCAUCACUACGGCGGUGAGGGGCGAUUAUUCGCUCCAGCGCAUCGCACAGGAGUUGCGAACACAGUGGUCAGAGCAAGACUUGAGACGACGAGACCACGUGAACAAGAACAGUGGAUAUUGGGGAGAGCUCCAGGAGGAUGACGAUGAGAAUGAGGAAGCAACCUUCGGCUACGACGAGGACGCCUUGGUGGCCGAGGGCAUGAACGAAGACGGCUUGUGGGCCAUGCAGGAAGCAGCUCAUGAGGAGCAGGAGGCACUGGCCAUCCUCCAGGGUGCUCGCAAGACCUUGCGGGAAGCUCGGGAGAAGCAAAAGUUCGUGAAGAUGUCGCGCCAGUAUUAUGGGAAGCCAGGUGGGAAAGGAAAAGGCAAGAAUUCCGGAAAGGUCCGGGAUGACUCCCGGAUGACCUGCCUGCGAUGUGGCCGCACGGGCCAUCGAGUGGCAGACUGCCCCGAUCCUCCUACCGGGCAGCGCAAGCCAGAGGAACACGCUCCUUUCGUCUGCUAUGCGGAGGAGAACAAGGAGGUCGAAGCGGCGAUGAUGACAACGGCUCCCACCACGGAGGACGCCGUGCGAUCCGGCAUGGCCGUGGUGGAUGGUGGAGCAACCAAGACGGUGGCAUCGGUGCAAGCCGUGGAAUCCCUGAUGAGAGUGAACCAGGAAAGCAAGGGCCAUGAUGGGAUUCGCCACGUUGACCGCAACAAUCGACCAGUGUUCUCUUUCGGGAACAGCAGUGCUAAUCAGUGCCUGUCGACAGCGCAGGUUGCCAUCACGGCCGGGGGAAAGGCCGGCACCCUCAACAUUCACACGAUCUCCCAGGGUGACGGCCCGAUCCUGCUGUCUGUGUCGACGCGAACCGCAUUGUCCAGCUCCAGCGUUCGGCCACAGGUCAUCAGUUGA